UAGUUUUCAGCAGUUAAAAAAAAUAACCCACCAAUAUAAGGUGGAAAAACAAAGUAGGAAGCAGCAUUGUGUCAUUUGAAUUUCAGAUAGAGUAGACCUAUCUAAAACUAGACAUCUAGUCUAGAGUCAAGAUAGAUUUACGUCUUGAAGUUAUGAAUAUCAUUCACUACAGACAGAUCUAGAUCUAAAUCUAGUCAGGCUCAUUUUUUUAAAAACUACAUUGAAAUAAGGAAACAGGCUAAAAGAAUGGAUUUUCUUAUUGCUUAUAAGGAAGCUAAGCAAUUUGGCUUUACUAAAGAGGAAUUCUUUAAGAUGUGGGACAAACAAAUUACUUUAAACAUGAUUAUUGCAUCAAAGCUUCUCAGCAAAACAAGAUGUGGGGCAGAAACAAUUGUUGAAGCUACAUCCCACAAAGCUGAAAAAUUACUGGUUGAGCUAGAAUCUGAAGCCUCUCAAGGUCAUAUUUUAAACUCUGAUCUUGAACAUUUAAAAUCUGUUUCACAUAAGAUAACAGAUGUGAUAGAAAGAUCUAUUAGAUUGAACGCAGAAAGUGGCAGUCACAAGGAACAGAAAGUUAAAAGAAAAUGCAAACAAGCUGACUUGGUCAACUAUGAAUUGGACAAUAUUCAUGCCAAAUUAAAUCAGGAGCAUGUUUUAAUGACUGAUAAAGUGGAGAGCCACAUAGCAAUGAUGCAUCAGGAAGUGGAAAAUCUGCUCCAGCAGACAGUUUCAAAAGAUGCUCCACCAAUAUUGACAGAAGAGCUUCCUGAUUUAAAAAAAGCUUCUUCUGCUAGUAUGUCUACCAGUAAUUUUGAUAUUUCAAAGGAUGCUCUGCCAAUAAUGAUAGAAGAGCUUGAUGGUUUAAAAUAUAUUACCACCAAUGGUCAAACAGUGCACUCCAAAAGUGCCAAUCUUGUCCAUAAUAUAUCUGAUGAGCCCAAUAUGACUGCUUCUGACACUAUUCCUACUAAUUUACUGUCAGACAGUGAAAUGUUAGCAACUAAUUCUUUUACAAAAUUGACACAAGCUGUACAUUUUGUAUCAAGUUUUGCCCCAAAACUUUUGUUUGGUGAACUUGGAGACAAAUGGUCUUCAGUUAAUUCACUUACUGAAAGGGAUAGUAAUUUUUCAAAUGGUGCAUAUGGAUCUUCAGUUGAUGCUGAUAAGAUGCAAAGCUCAGUGGAUGCCAAUCAUUUGUUAGGAAAGCAGUCAGGUGAGUUAGACCACCACCAACUGGAUUUCAGUGCCACUAACCUUAGUUCAUCAUUUUCCAUGAACGGCUUUGUCAACUUCAGUACAAAUAAUUCAAACUUGUCUGAUAUAAGUAACACUUUUCAAACCAACAUGUACACAAAAAAUUUAAAAGACAAUAAUUUACUCAGCACAAAAAAAUCAUCUAUUUCAAUGGAACUUCCAAAUUCCAAAAACACUCCAUUAAAUCAGGAAAUACUUCAAAGUGAAAAGAUUGGUAUCAUUAGAGAUCAGAUAUCACUGACAGACUCUGUUUCAUCUUUUUCUGGUGUUAGUGAUGCAAACCCUUUUAAUAGAAUAAAAAAAACAUCUAGGUCUCAUGAAGUAGACAGAUCCACCUGUUAUUCAUAUGAACUUUAUACUGCUGACCCAGAGAUAAUUAAGUGUUUUAAAACAUCUGCCAUUUCUAUCAUUCAGAGACCUAGUUACAUUCCAAAGUAUGGAGAUUACUUCUACAUGUCCAGCAAACACAGCCUUCAUAAACACAGUGACUUAUUUUAUUCAUCUUUUUACACCAUUGCUAAAACUGAGUUGAAGGUUCGCCUGUGCCAUUUUUUUAAUGAGAACUCUGAGCUUUCUGUGUUUGCACAAUUUUCUGGAGGAGCCUUAAGUCAAAGUAACAAAAGAUCUGUUACUCUUGCUGGAGAAGGCUUCAUUUCUUGUGGCAUAGUCGGUGGCUACAGAUCUGUCCGAAUCUGGAAACUUGAAGCCUUCGAUUGUCUCAAAUUGAGUGAUUCACAAGAGUUGUCAGUAAAAGCCAAUGUUGGUCUGGUUUCUAAUAAACCUGUCACUUUCAAAGAGCUUGUGGGUAAAGGCUAUGAUUUAAGUGGGUUCUUUGAAUUUCUCUGGUAUGUGAAAGUAGUGAAAUCAAAGUAAAUGUAUCCAGAAUACAAUUUGUACAAUUUUUUUUUUUUUUUACUGGCACUGAUUUCUAAUUUUGAUGUGUUCACUUUAUAUUAUUUUAUCAAUGCUUAAAUUGGACAAGAAUUUUGUUACAUGGUCUAAAUAGUUUUCUUUAACAACCAAAGUGAAAUAAAUUAUGGUCUGAUAUUGGAGAUUUAAUGAGAGCUAGGUAGCUAACAUAAUACUGACUUUCAUAAAAUGAUCUAUAGCUAUUACCCCCUCCCUCCUUCAAAUAGUUUUCAACCUAAUGACUAGUCAGCUUGACUAGCAGAUUCUCACUCUAUUGAUGUUCACUUUUGGUUUCAGUUUUUCUUACUGAAUACUACUAAAAAUAAAAGAACAUACCAUCUUUUCUUGCCUUUGUUGCUCUCUUAAAGCUUCUCUUUCUUUAGCCAAAUCUUUUUUGGUAUCCAGAGCUUUCAUUUUGCCUUUUUUUGGUACAGGUACCACCUUUUCAGGUUUGUUUCUUUUAGCUGCCAAUUUAGUUUCAUUUCUUGGGCUUGCAUUUUCCAAAAUGUCCUCCUCUGCUUUUUUAAUUUUUUCCUGUUGAAAAAGGAAAUAAAUUAAUAGUCAAGCAUGAAAUGUUAAUACCAUCUCUCAUCUGUUUAAUAUUUAGUAAAACUUAAGAAAUUUUAUUUAUGUUAAUUUUUUUUUUUAUACUAGAAAAUUGAAUUUACAAUAGUUAUGAAUUUUAACAGAGCAUUUUUACAAUUUAUGAUCUAAAUUUUAUCAAUAGAUCUGAAUUUUAAUAGCAAUUUUAUUUAUAAAAUGUGAAUCUUACCAGAGCAACUUUGUAUUUACAUACAUGUAUAUAUCUGGAUUGCAAGUGGGAAGUUGUUUUGUUUAUUACAGUAGAUUUCAAUUUUAACAUGGCAUUUUUGCAUUUAUAAGAUAUUUAGAUUUUAACAGGGCAAAGUUGUAUAUUUACAAUGUGUCAAUUUUGUAAUUUACAAUUUUACAUUUAAUAAUGGCAAUUUUUAGUUACAGUAACAGGGAUAUUUUAUUUUUACAAUAAUCUUAGAUAUUUUGAUUUACAUGUAAUACACUAUGUAAUAGAUCAACUUGAAGAUAAUUCUACCUGCAAUGCUUCUUGGGCAGCUUUAAAAUCUUCUUCAGUAAAACCUUCUGAUUCAUUGACUACAGUUAUACUAGGUCCUAAAACAUUGUUUACUGCUAGUUUCACUGAAAUUAAGGAGUUGAUAUAUUUAUAUAUAUGUGGGAAGUAUUAUGUUUUGCUACAUAAAUAAACAUAUAUAUAUAGAAUAGAAAUUCACUUAAAUAUGUGCCAAUGAUUACUUUUUAAAAUUUCUUCUUCCAUUUCUCUUUCUGUUUCCUGAGCACUCUUCCUUGCAAACAUUUCUUUCAGGUAUUCUGGAACUUCUGGUUCCUGUCUCUGAACCACUAUUUUUUGUCUUUGUGGUGGGCGUUGGCUAACUGGUGGUGGCUUGAUUUUAUUUUGCUGUACCAGAAAAAAAAAAGAUUUUAAAAAACAAUUUUGAUUUAUUUGCUAUUUUUAAAUAAACAAUCUUUAAACAUAUGACCAUGUAACACAUAUAUAAACAAUGUAAUGAUAUUAUGUACAAAAUAUUUGCAAUGUUAAUGUAUGAUGUGUAUAUUUCGGUUUCAGAAAAGAAAUAUUAACAGUGCUAACUCUUGAACUUUUAAAGAAAAUAAAUGUUUAUUACUUCAGAA